GAUAGCACCGCACAUCGGCAGUGCGCUUCUCGACCAGCUUGGGCGGCGAUUUUGCAUACCAGUGCAUGCCGUGCUGGGAUGGCGAUGUGGCCGACAUCGGGUACUGCACAUGUCGCGGGACCUUGACGUGGGCUCUUCCAAGGACGCCAGAGGCCCCAGCCCUGGUGUCCAGAUCCACGAUCGCCGGGAGCGCGGCCUACCUGCCCGUGCGAUGCAGGUGUCCAGUGACAACCCCCUUCGCAAGGAAGCUCCGCCGCGCGAUGGAGGGCACUCAGCGGGCCCCGCGAGCAAGACAACGUUUGCCAUCCGGGCCUUCAACGAGGUGGGGCUGGAGCACAGGCUCCAAACCUUCCUCAGCUCACAGAAGGAAGCAGAGGAGGCUCGCAGGCCGUCGAUCCUGGAUCAGAAGGGACCAGAACCCGCCGCCGCCGACGCCCUCACUGCCAUGGGCGAGAAAUGGCUUCCGUUCGCGGCGCAGGCCUUCACUGAGGCGGCGAUACGGCGGCAGCAAGCAGAGCAGUUUGGGGACCCCUUCCAGUCCGAGGCCGAGAAGAGGCGCCUGUCGGAGCUCAAGCGCCCCGAACCGCUGACCAUGAAGCAGGGCGCCUCGGGCAUGCGCUACCUCUCCCACGAGGAGACGACAGCUCUUCAGAACAAGGAGCGGAACCUGACACACAGUCGGGAGUUUUUGCGGAGGGGCUGGACGCAGCAGUCCUUUUGCCGGGUCGUGCGUGGCAUGGACUUUGCGUACAACGCCCGUCAGGCCAAGAGCAUCCGUCGAGCCGGCGACCGCGACGAAGGCGAGGUCCUGGGCGCGGACUCCAAGUCCGCCUCCCGCGCGAAGGAGCUCGAGGAGAAGCUCCGUAAGUCAACCUUCUUCAAGGAUAUGGAGCGCCAGAAGAAGGGCAUUAUCCACAAGCUCGCCAAGGUCUCCAAGGUGCGGGGGGAGAACGCCGGGCAGGUGGUCUUCCGUCAGGGGGACCAGGCGGCAAGUGUCUACCUGAUUGUAUCGGGCAGUGUGGCCGUCCUGGCACGGCCGGAGAAGGCCAGGGCGCCAGAGACGCCCCGGCCGAAGCCGGCGGUGUUGAAAGACAUGCCCACCCUGACGGCGAUCCGGGAGGCCCAGAAGCCCGAGGAGGCGCCGGAGGAGGUGGUCAAAGUUGGGGUCAAUACGAGGCCUGGGGCCCGGACCACCUGGUUGAUCCCGGAUGCGCCGGCCAGGCCAGCGUCGGCAUCGGCGCCGGCGGGUGCGGGCUUGUGGACGCGGGUGAACAGCAGGGAGCGCGCGGCGGCAUCCUGGAAGGUGAAGAUGAACUUUGCGGCCCCGGAGAAGGCUGAAGUGAAGAGGCUUGAGCCAAGGGAAGACGAGGCUGGCCGGCCGGUCUAUGCCACGGUGGAGGGCUUCAAUUGUUUCCGGGAGGAUUCCGAUUUGGGCCCGCAGGUGAACGUUUUGGAGAGCGGCGCCGUCUUUGGCGAAGUGUCUCUCCUGUCGGAUGCCCCUCGGAGUGCAUCUGUCAGGUGCCUGGAGGACUGUGAGCUGCUGGUGGUCAACGCUGUCGCCUUUCGCAAGGUACUGGCGGAGUUCGUAGACGUGGCUCGGGCCUGCGGGGCGCUGCAGUCCGUGGACUUCUUCAACAAGUUGGAGGAGACUACCCCGGGCAUCAUCCACACGCUGGCGAAGAGCUCAGAGUUCCUCACCGAGCUCAAGGGACAGGUUAUUUUUCGUCAGAAUGAUCCAGGCAAGUGCUGCUUCAUCCUGGUGAAGGGCCAGGUCACCGUGCACAUGCGUGAGGGCAGGAAGGGCCCGCCCACACCGCGGAUGAGGGGCGGGGAGAUGCCCACGCUGACCGACUGGAGGAGGACUGGCUUGGAGGCCUUCGACGAGACGGCGCGGUCCGAAGAGAAGCGGAACGGCAAGCAGCCGCGCCCCGCCCAGUCCUUCCGCACCUCCGAGGGCUUCAGCACCUUCUCCAAGGAGUCCAACUACGGCAAGAUGCUGCGCUUUCUGAGGGAGGUAUCCCUCUUCGGAGAACUGGCAUUGCAGAACACCGAGCCGCGUAGCGCCAGCAUCGUGUGCUCGCAGGACAGCGAGUUCUUGCGUCUGCGGAAGGAGGACUUCCUUGCAGCGAUCCAAGGGAGGAAGCAGAAGAUCUACUUCUUCGAUGAGCACAUCGAGGCUUUGAAGGACUUUGCGGACAAGAAAGCACAAGGUGCCUUGCUGCAGCAUCCGUCGCUUCUUUUCACGGAUGAGAUCUACCGUGAUGGUCAGCCCAUCACCACGGAGGGCGUCUAUGCCAACACCAAGGUGUACCUUGUGGGUGCCGGUGCGAAGGUGGACCUAUUCCGGUACAAAGAGCCCUGUGCGAGCCCGGCCUACUUCCUUGCACGCCGUCCGCGGAGCGCGCCCAAGAAGAGCAAGGGCCCGUGCUUGCGGAUGCUUCCUGACAACCUGGAGCCAUGCCCCGCAGAAGAGGCCCUGCAGCAGAGCGCGGGCAUCUUCAACCCCAAUGAGGAGGACAUGGACCUCUAUGGGACCCUGCAGGAGGGUAGUCUCUUCGGCACAGCGGGGGCGCUGCAGAACCACAGCCCCGAGCCCUUCUCUGCGG